UCAGUGUCCCAUGCAGGCUGCACUUCAUCCGACCUUGCUCCGAAGCAGCUACGCAGAGAGACAAUCAGGAGAAGAGAGAAGAUGGGGCCAGUGGCCUACUUCAGCCUCUUCCUCCUCGGAUGCCUGGUCUUUAACCCCUCGCUGGAAGGAAUAGGGGCCACGUCCUGUCCCCCUGAAUGGCUCCUCUACCAAGGCCACUGCUAUGCGUUCUUCCCCGAAAAGGUGUCCUGGUCAGAGGCUGAGGUGUUUUUAUGGUGCCUUGUCACCAAGGUCUCUUCUUCCCGGGACCCCAUGACCUUUCUCCCGUCUCUGCAGAACAGACGCUGGAAGUGGACAGAUGGCUCCCUGUAUCGCUUCAGUAGCUGGAAUGCUGGAGAACCAUAUAACCUGAACGACAAUGAGGACUGCAUUGAGCUGGUGAAAAACACAGGUUUUAAGAAUUGGAACGAUCAAGUCUGUAACACGAAGAAUGGCUAUGUUUGCAAGUAUGGACUGUAGCGAGGGGAGUCACUCGCCUGCACCUGAAGGGGGACCUCAGCACCUGGGAUGCAAAAGAACUGGGCUCCUUGGGCAUAAUCAGGCAAUGUCCCAGGCUUUCCGAUGCCUUUGCUGCAUGGAGGGCCUAUCCCCUCCCUCCCUGAGAGACCAGCUCUCACUUCCCUAGGUGUCUCUGUUCUAGUGACACACCUGCCCCUUUCCUCUCUUCCCCUCAGUGCCUGCAGCCCACGACAAGAAUAAACUCUCCUGAGCAUGCAGUUGUGUGUGUGUCUCCUCUGUCCCAUUCCUGGCCCCACGUAGACACGUCCAUCCAGCCCCUCGGACUGUGUCCUGACCCCCCCAGAUCCCAGUGGAGCA